AUGUCUGCUAACAAGAUGAUGCAAUACACCACGAAAAGCGGCAAAGUGAGAGUUCGCACGAUGCCGAACGGUAAUGAGAAGAGUGAUUUAUACACUGCUCUCAAAAAUGCCGUCAACGUCUACACCCCCAUUGUCAAAGGAUUGCUCCACCCCCAACUCGUCGCUGAACGCCCAGCUGGCGAUCUGGAGAGAAUUUUGGCCUUCCGAAAAGAGCAAAAGACCAGAUUCAACGAUGAAAGUGAUAAGGCCCGAGGAGUCAUGGUCAAGGAAAAUAUUGGAAGGGGCGAGUGGAUUUUAGAGAUGACGGGUGAAAUCUAUCUGGAGUCGCAAGUCAAGGACAGAUCGAUAAUGGAGGGAGAAAAUUCCCAUUACCUCUACAAAGACAUCAGAUUGGGAGCAGGAAACGAACCGAUCUGCAUGGCAGUGUGGAAACAGGAGACCGUCGGAAAAUACAUCCGCCGGUCCUGCCAGCCGACUGGCCGGCUUGUCCAUCUCUAUGGAACAGAGCUUCAUUUGAUGGUGGAAUCUCUGCGACCAAUGAAGAGUGGCGAUGAAGUGACAUUGCCUCUCGAGGCGGACUGCCAGGGCUUCAAAGACCAAUUGAAAUGUCUUCACCAUCAAGCGAACCCGGAAGACUGCCCAUUGGAAAAGGAGCGAUUAUUGAGAAAAGCAAACAAGGAGAAUCCGGUAAGAUAA